GGAGUCCCCGAGGCGCGCGCGAAGCCGCUCGGGCGCCCGCGGGCCGGGUUCGCCGCGAGCCCCCCGCACGCUGACGCCGCCCGCGCCAUCUUGACCGAGGGCAGCCUUCGCUAUUUCCGUCCCUUCUCCGACCCGGACCGCCAUCUUCGAUUGGUGUGGGCCAAAAGCACCUGCGACCCUCGGAUCGCAGUGGGUUCCCAGUCCCCACUAGAAAAGAAGAUUAAGAGUUUAGGUGGUGUCCAUUCUUCAAAAGUGAGGAAGUUGUUACUCCAAAAGUCUCAGCAGGAGAAUGAAACACUUCAUCAGCUUAAAGCCAUGUCUUUUGACUUCCGGUUUGCCAAAGCAGAGGCAUACUACCAUCGCCAACGUCAAGAAAUGAUGCUGGGAGAAGCCUGGAAAUACGUAGUAGUUCCAAGGUGGAAAAUUAAAAUAGAGAGAGAGAGACCACAAAGUGAAAAAACAGGAGAUGCUAAAAAGCAGGACCACCUAGUGCCUGAGAGGGAGCUGGGCCAGAUACAGAAGCACAUAUACCGAGUCGAACGAGCCAGAGGCCUCAGAGACCACAAGUAUCGGCUCCUCCCUCAAAGGAUCCCAAGUGAAACAGCCUUCCCCCAAGUACUCACCCUAGGGAAGGAGGAAAAAACUGAAGCUAUCCAGAAAACACACAAAACUAAGAACAGAAAGCACAGGGUGGCCUCGGCGAAGGAACAGAUCAAGGGGCAUCAGAAUCGAAUGAUUCGGGGGAGAGAGCUCAUGGAGCAGAGAAGCGAGAGACUGCAUUCUUGCAGGCUCUCUACCUCGGCUCCUCCCCUCCACAGGCCUGCGACACACAAGGACGAAGAGAAGGAGUACGAACUGGUCACAGCCUACCCCAUUGCCCAGCCUUAUCAGGAAGCACUCAUAGAAGUGACCAUCCUCAUGGAAAAGUCCAGAAAGGGUGAUUAUAUAAAAAAGCCACUCCAACGAGAGCUCUUGAGCAUACCACCAUUUUUGAGAAGCCAACUAGGAAAAAAUAAAGUUUAAGUUAUUUUCUGGA